AUGCAUAGCUUAGAAAAAAUCUGUUUUCCUAUCGUAUUAGCGUUGGUCAGCUAUGUUUUAGCUACGGAUAAUGACAAUAUGAAGGACCAAGGAUCAUUCGGUGACGGCAGUGGACCCUUGUGGUUUGGACCAAGACUAGGCAAGCGAUCUCCAAGUCAAUCCACCGAAGACAACAGGCAAGCACUUUACAAACUACUGGAGGCUGCUGAUACGAUCAACUAUUACCGUGAUUAUAAAGGAAGUGGAGGAAGGAGUGAGGUGAAGGAUAGAGCUACGGAAUCAGAAACUAAAGGUCGCAUCCUAUCGCCCGAUGAAGAAAGAAUGACCGAAAACGCAGAGUUUAUUUCUCGACUUGGCAGACGACUCUCUAACGGAAUGGCCGAUGCACCAACUGUCCAAAUUAUAAAUCAUUCUGAUGCAGAGCAAAUGAACCGCAGGACCAAAUAUUUUUCAGGAUUUGGCAGGAUCGUGAACUUUUCGCCAAGACUCGGCCGUGAACUUGCAUAUGGUAAUACUUUUUAG